AGAGAGGAGGGAAGUGGCGACAGAGCAGGAGGGGAGGGGAGGCGAUGGGCAAAGCUCAUAGAGGGAAGGAGUGAAAGAGCUUUGAGGAGGGAAAAGCGGGAGUCUCUCCGCUUGCAUGGUUGUCCAGGAGAGAGGUCCCCCCGUUCCCCCUGCAGCUGCCAGUCCAGAGCAGCGGCGGACAGGCGAGGAGGCAGAGGAGAGGACAGGAGAUGGAUGUUUAGGUGGAGGUGGCACGCUGUCACGCUCGGAGAACACAAGGAGACACAGAGUCAUGCCUCUGCGGAGAGGUGCAGCGGCGGCUGCUGUCUGCCAGGCUGCCUCGCCUGUUUGAAGACAGCAAGACUGGAUUCCUGUUGGGAUUACCGCGCAGGGACACCGAGACGAAAGAAGACAAGCAGCCGGAGAUCCUGAGACAUGUCCGGGAGCAGGAGGAGGGAGGAGGCUCACUGAAAUCAUGGACCAGGCUAAGGGGCGGAGGGAUGGUCACUCCUCAGCAGGUGACAACCCUCGGCCGCCGAUGGCGACCCGGCCGGGAAGGGAGGGGGUCGGCAUGGGCUGGAAGGGUCCCCGGACGCUGGUCCUCCACAAGAACUCCCAGGGUUUCGGGUUCACGUUACGGCAUUUCAUUGUUUACCCUCCGGAGUCUGCUCUGCACACCAACCUCAAGGAUGAGGAGAACGGCAACGGGAAGGGGUAUCAGAAAGAACGACUGGAGCCGAUGGACACCAUAUUUGUUAAGAACGUGAGAGAAAAGGGUCCGGCUCACAAGGCAGGCUUGUGCACAGGGGAUCGGUUGGUGAAGGUGAACGGGGAGAGCGUUCUUGGAAAGACGUACUCGCAGGUGAUCGCCCUCAUCCAGAACAGCGAGAGUGUGUUGGAGCUCUCCAUUAUGCCGAAAGAUGAAGAUGUGCUUCAGCUGGCGUACUCCCAAGAUGCUUACUUGACCGGGAACGAGCCCUUCGCCGGGGGCGCUGAGAACCUACCGCCACCGCCUCCCCUCUGUUACCCACGCACCAGGACCGCCCCCCAUCCUGGAGCGCCGCUUUGCUCCCCCAUGGGCCAGAACCAGCUGGAUAACUGGAGUUGCUGGCCAGGGUCUUCAAGCCCUUCGUCGCCCUUAGAUAACAGAUCCGGUGUGGCCAGCCCAGCCAGCUGGCAGGAGGGGCAGGCGGGCGAGCCGGGUGGAGUGGGUCACAGCAGUCCAGCGCACCGCACAGAGGAGAUACAAUACGGUAUGACCAGCCAGCAGCCUCAGGGCCAGACGAGGAGGCGCUCCUACUCUUCAUCUUCCUCAUCUGGAGGGCUUAUGUUCAGCCCCCUGCAAGUCCACCACCCCAACCACCAGAGUGCCGGGUCCUCCCACGCACAGCCACGCAAGACCAGUCCCCCUAUGCCCGCUGUCCGCCACAGCCGCAAUGAACGCUGCCAGCAGGCCCUCUCCGACUGGUACUACAGCCAGCUGCCCGAGCGCCCGGAACGCAGCAUGCAAAGCCGCCACCGCAGCUACUCUCAGGACCGACUGGGCGAGUACCGCAGGCAGCGGCAGAGGACAGGCGGCUGGCCACACAGCGCCUCGCAGGACACCCUGUUCUUGCUGCAGCAGUCGGGUCAGGGACCUCAGGGCGAGCCCCACUGGUCCGCUGGAGACUGGGAGGUGGGGCCCGACAGGGGCCGCUCCGACUACACCCGGACGCGCUCCGAAAAUCUACUGGCCCAGUACGACCGCCACGGCCGCUCGCUGGAGAUGCUGGACCGAGCAUCAGCAGGACUGGUCUCGCCUCAGCCCGAGAGGCGGCCGUGGCCCCAGCAGGCUUCCCAGCCGCCCCACAGGACUGACGCCUACCCGAGACCGAGGUGCCACACCGUUGUAGCGCAGACCCCUUCAGUGCCUCGGCCGCUGCAGUCCAAACACCACCCGCAGGUCCAUAACCAGACCCACUGUCAGCCUCAGCAGCCCGCCCUCCAGAGCAGGCGGCUUCCCGCGGGGCAGACCAUGGACGAGCAGCAGGUGGGCUACCGCAGCUACAGCCCGUCUUUUUACCGCAAGACGGGCCGCAUCCUGCAGCAGGCUCACUCUUUCAGGGACCCGUCUUACUCCGGCCCCCACAUGAACUGGAACCCAGCCCCUAAAGGUGGUCCCCCGGAGGGACCGUCAGCGCCUCUCAUCGCCUCUGCCUCUGUUCCCGUCACCUCCGGCGCCCCAGAGUCCCAGGACAGGGCGUACAGGCCGACGAACCACGAGAGGGAACGAGGGCCGGUGGAGGGACAGGCGGAGGCGCAGACACAGGAAGUGGUGCUGAGGCAGAAGCCCCCCACCGGGCGUAGGAACGCCAACAGAAACCCCCACUACGGCAUGACUAUGGACGACCUAGAACCCUCUUUGUUUUCUCCUGACCCCAAAGACAAAAACAUGCACCCGGGUUCUGCUGAGGAGUUGGCCCCUCGCAGAGCAAACGGCAACCUUGCCCCCCUCUCUUUGGAAGAUGACUCUCUGGCCUCUAUCCCAUUCAUAGACGAGCCAACCAGCCCCGGCGCUGAUUUGCGUGCCCGCCACGUGCCGGCCUCCUCCGUUGUGUCCAGCGGCAUGGGUUCAGCGCCCCCCGUGGGCACCAGCCCCGCCUCCCCCACCUUCACCUUCCCCCUCACUAGGCUCUUCUCACACGACUGCAGCAGUAUUAAAUCCAGUCGCCGUUCCUCCUAUGUUUUAGCCAUCACCUCGGAGCGCUCCAAGUCAUGCGAUGAAGGACUCAACACGUUCAGGGAGGAGCGGGCCUCGCUUUACAGAGGGCUACCGAAAAGAGUUAAGAGUUUCUUCGGAGACAGGUCCCUGGAUGCCAUCGGGACAGCUGACGAGGUUCGCUCCAAACGCCACUCCACCUCCGAGCUGGGAAACUUCACUUACAGCGACAUACGGCGGGAAGGAUGGCUGCAGUUCAAGCAAAUCCUCACAGAGAAGGGAAAGAAAGUCGGGAGCGGGAUACGGCCGUGGAAGAGGGUCUUCUCCAUUCUCCGCUCCCAUUCGUUGUUCCUCUACAAAGACAAGAGGGAGGCGGUGCUCCGCGGCGCCUCGAUCGGAUGCUCGGCCGAGGACGAGCAGCCGAUCAACAUCCGCGGCUGCCUGGUGGACAUCGCGUACAGCGAGACCAAGCGCAAGCACGCCCUGCGGCUGACCACCCAGGACUUCUGCGAGUACCUGCUGCAGGCGGAGGACAGGGAGGACAUGCUGGAAUGGAUAGAGGUCAUCAGAGAGAGCAACAAGACGGACAAUGAGGAGCUUGGAUUCUCCAGACAGGCUCUCAUCAGUAAGAAGCUCAAUGACUACAGAAAGCAAAGUCCCACUUCAACUAAGCCAGACUCGUCUCCCCGGAUGCACCGCAUGAUGCCUCCGUUCCUGCUUAACAAGGCGGAAAACGUAGCUGGAGCGCCGCGCUCCCCAAAAUCGGAUGGCAAAGAGGAGAGCAGCCCUCCGAAGUCUCCGUGGGGAAUUAGCAUCAUGAAGAAGCCAAAGAAGGCUGGGCCCAAAGCUUUUGGUGUGAGGCUGGAGGAAUGUCAGCCUGGUUCCAACAACAAGUUCAUCCCCUUGAUCGUUGAGUUCUGCUGCGGCUUGGUGGAGGAGAUGGGCCUGGAGUACAUCGGAAUCUACCGGGUUCCCGGGAAUAACGCCGUAGUGUCGCUGCUUCAGGAACAGCUGAACAAGGGCAUGGACAUCAACCCUGCAGAGGAGAGGUGGCAGGACCUCAACGUCGUCAGUAGUUUACUCAAAUCCUUCUUCAGGAAGCUCCCAGAGCCUCUGUUUACCAAUGACAAGUACAACGACUUUAUCGAUGCCAAUCGGAUGGAAAACGCAUCGGAGCGACUAAAGACCAUGAAGAAGCUGAUCCGAGACCUUCCCGAUCAUUAUUAUCACACUCUGAAAUUCCUGGUUAACCACUUGAAGACGGUUGCGGACCACUCCGAUAAAAACAAGAUGGAGCCUCGUAAUUUGGCUCUGGUGUUCGGGCCGACCCUGGUCCGCACCUCCGAGGACAACAUGAAAGAGAUGGUCACCCACAUGCCCGACCGCUACAAGAUCGUUGAGACGCUCGUCCAGCAUUGCAUCUGGUUUUUCACGGAUGAGCCCGACAAAGAUGAGAAGACACCGGUGGACACCGAGGACCUCCAGCCGGCCCCCAACAUCGACCACCUCCUGUCCAACAUCGGCAGGACCGCUCUGCUCGGGGAGGCUUCAGACUCAACCAACAGUGACUCGGCCAAAUCAAAGGGGUCAUGGGGAUCAAAGAAGGACCUCACCGCCAAGGACUUCCUGGCUCUGUCCAUCAUGUCCGCCGUCACGGGCCGCAAGCGGAGGAAGCGCCACCUCGCCCGCCGCUUCGGCAGCAGCACCGAUGACGACUCCGAGCACGAACCGAUCAAAACUGGGCACCUUGGGAUGGAGGAGGAGGAGGAGGAGGAAGAGGCAGAGUCGCCGGUGGGGGACACUGCUCCUCGAGCUGAGGGAGAGGAGGACGACGAAGAGGAGGAGGAGGAGGAGGAUGACGAUGAUGAGGAGGAAGUUGUAGAUGGUGGAGUAAAAGAGGAGGCAGAAGAGGAGGUGGCCGUGGUUGUCUCCGGCCAGCCGUGCUGUAAGGAGGAAGAGGAGGCCGGGCGAAGGCAGACGGCUAUUCUGCUGCAGGAGGAGGCGGUGCAGGCGGAGGCGAAGGGACAGCGGUGGAGGGCGCCGGAGGACGCCCGUUCCAUCGUCUCUGGUUACUCCACCCUUUCCACCUUAGGGCGGAGCUUGGGCUCAGAGGGCCGGGGCGAGGACGCCGACGACGAGCACAGCGAGCUGGUGAGCGAGACGGACAACGAGAGCGGCUUCGCCUCGCGCUCGCUCACCCAGGAGAGACCCAGCAAGCAUCCGGCGACGCCCGCAAACCCGCCGCCGCCGCCGGCGCCCCGCAGCUUCCUCUACUCACAGUGCAAAGCGCCCGUCCUCGUACCCGCAACCCUCCUCACCCCGCCGUCUCCCGUCGCUCACACGCCUGACUCUGCGGAGCGCGGGGAAGGAGGAGCGCGCUCCACCACGCCCUCGUCGUCCUCCUCCUCCUCCGCCGCCGCCGCUCACAGGCUGCACUCGAAGCCUUCCUUCAACUCCCACAAGCUGAUCCAGUGCGACACUCUGGCCCGCAAGAAACUGAAGUCGGACAAGACCAAGGCGCGCUCCCUGGACCUCAUGGAGCCCCCGAGCGAAGCGACCGGCUCCGAAAGUGCGCCCAGACCAAGGAGGGACGCCUCCCGCACGAACCCUUCCUCAGGCAGCAGCCAGGAGAGCCUGCGCCCGGCCCGGUCCAGACCCAGCCCGCCGCCCAGCGAGGCCACCUCCUUCACCCCGAGCGGCCCCGCCGGCAGGUCCCUCGCUGAGCACGUCCGGGCUCGCCUGCUGGGCUCCGCCGACGACCUGCGCUCCGUGGGGCUGCGCAAGCCGCCGUCGCCCGAGACGCGACGCAAGAAGCGGGCGUGGCGGCGACACACCGUGGUGGCCUCACCCACCGAGGCGUCCGACAAGAGACCCCCGCUGACCGUCGACGACUCCCCGCUGACGCCCAUCAUCCGAAACCAGGUGAAAACGCAGGGGCCGCCUCGAGGAGCAGACGGCCCGGACCAGGAAGCGGUCACACGCCAGGCCCCCACCUCCAGAUUCCACCAGUACCUGUGAGAGCAGGUCCGGUUCCUUCCUCUCAGACUCCAUUAGCAGGGCAAAGGGCGACCCAGGAUUUUAAAAAGUAAAAUGAGGAACUCGUUACCUGUGUUAUAGCCAAAAAUUCAGUAAAAAAAUAAAAUAAAAUAAAAAAUAGGCAUCCCUUCCAUCCCGACGCGCAGCUCGGAGAAAGGAAAGAAAAAAUCCUUUCAGGCGAUCAGAGGAGGGCGCUGUCCUGCAGCCUCGCUCUGGUUGAGAAAACGGUGCUUCUGGACGAUGUAGUUUAAUGGUAAAUGUUACAAAAAAAAAAAACAUCGGCGUUAGAAAAACCAUUUCAGGAGUAAGUUCAGCAGAUUUCAUUCGUUUCGUGUUUUUUUUCUGGUAUGAGUCUUCCUGACCACGCUCACUGUAAACGUUUUUUAAAGUCCAGCCGGUGGACGUGUUCCAACACAUGGAUCCAGACGUCUGUCUCUGCUUGUUAAUAAUGUUUAUGAGUAUGUGUUUUUUUUUCGGCGCAGAAUUGAUCACGUUUUGUAGCAUUUUGUACAAAGCCUUGUUAAGUUAACCUUUGUAAAUAUAAAUAUUAUGUUCGUUUUCACCUGUAAUUUUCAGUUAUUUUUAUAUGGUUUACAAAAAAAAAAAAAAAACGUGCACAGAGUGCAGUCAUUUCUUUCAAGAAGUUACUUGAAAUGUUUCCCUUAAUAUAUUAUUAUUUUUAUUUUUUUUGUUUAUAUUCAAUAUAUAUUAUAUAUUUUGUAUUAAAGUAAAACACAGUACUUUUAUUGUGAACUCUUGAGCGUACCUGUUCGAGGGAGACAGAAACGAUGCAACCCGCUCCUUAUUUCUCCAUAGAUGGCCUUUUUGAUCCACAGCACUGUACAGAGUCCCUUUAUCCUUCUCAGAUACCGACUUUUGAUGAAAGGGAUCUACUUUAAACAAAGAUCCUAAGUGGGAAUUGCAUGUAGCAAAGUCUGGCAGAUCCCUUGGGGCUGGGAUCGUCGUUGUUUUCAUGUCCUGGUUUAUAGAGUGUUACCUCAGAUCUAAUAUUCUCCCCCUUUCUACUUUGGGAUCUUUGUUUUGUUUUUUUUCAGCCCAUCCCCGCUGAGGAUUCAUCUGUCAGCGCAGUUAUUACCUUGGGGGAUGUGUAUGACAGGGAGUUUUCCAUUAGGUCAGGCUCUGGCGACUCCUGGCUGACUGGGAGCAAUGGUACAAUGGGGAAAUUGAAAACAGGUCUUUAGCUACACGCAGUGCCGUAAAAAGGCAUUUCCCGCCGUGCAGAUUUGCUCCGUUUUUGCCUUUUGUCACACCUUAAACGCAUUUGAUCAUCGAAAACAUGUAAUUAUAUCAUGGUUAACCCGAGAAAAUGACUUUACUUUGUUAGAGGGGGGAAAAAAGGGUAUUCAGUCCAACCUGGCCCUAUGUGGAAAAGUAAUUAAAUCAUUAAACAAGUGUGUUUAUAAGUGUUUUAAUUCGGUUUCAUCCUGAUUACUGUAAAAAAUAAAUAAAUCAAGGAAUCCUGAAGGAGACAAAUAGCUCAAAAAGCUGCUGAUCAGCCUGCAGUUCAGUCCCAGAGUCAAUCUUAAAAAGUGUUACAGAGCCAUUUGGAAGCCGUCGCCACUCCAGUCAACAUUAUCCAUAAAUAAUAAUUUGGACUAUAGUGAACCUUCCUUAUCAAAAGGAGUCGCGUUCACUCAUCCAAGAAAUCACGAGAGAACCCAGAACAGCAUCCAAAGCCCUGCAGGCCACAAUUUCUUCAGCUAAGGUUCAGGAUUCAACAACAUUAGAGAAACUGGGUGUUCAGAAAGUAUUACAAAGGUCCAUCUCACAUUAACCAAAGAAUAACUCGACGAUCCCCAAGAGUUUUGGGGUAAAUAAUCUGUGGACAGAUGAGACCUCAGUGAGAUCUUCCUGACAGUCCGGCCCUCCGGUGGCGGCGGCGUGAUGAUCUGCGCCGGGGGGUUUACUGUUUCACAUAUCGCCAUGUUGGUCUGGAAAGCUUUUUUUUUAUAUUAAAAUUUAAAAUAGCUUUUUGCACUGAUUCGGUUAUUUUUAAUUUGUACUAUAAAGUCAGAAAGGGUGGCAAAAAAAAAAAAAGGAGGAAUAUGUAGGGUGGGUUUCUUUUUUUCCCCCCACAGAACUGUACAGGAAAGUCUUACCUUUUGUGUUACACCAUCACAAAGAAACCACAAACAACUUCUCUGACCAAAUAUUCCAGUGAAGAAUAAUAAACUUAUUUUCUUUCUUUUUUUCUUACCUCGAUAUUCUUCUAUACAAGUGCCUGAUUUUUUCUGGAAUGUGUCGCUCUGCGGUGCCAUGCGCAGGUCUUGUCUGUUUCUUAUCUACCUUUUGGUCUCCUCCCUCACCCCCCGAUGAGGCGACCGACCCAAAGACGCGUACAUUUAAGCUCCGGGUGAAAAGAAAAGCACACUUCAAGCCAAGGAACGCAUCUAUGCACUCCCUUCGCCUUCGACGAGCUUAUAACAGCUGUUACUAAUGCUGCUAUGACGAAGGAAACAAAAAAAAAGAAAAGGCAUAGAAAUCCCUUAGCUGCUUUUUUUCUUUCCCCCCCUUUCUAAACAAACCGAGGUCAUCUGUGUGAACAUGGUACACCUAACCUAUCGUCUAAAACCACAUUAGGUCACGCCAGGUUAUAUCAAAUUUCCUAAAGGUGAACAAACCUCAUCAGUUGGUGUGUGAUGUACUGAAAUGUGAUUUGAUCUAAUGUUUGUUGUCGUUUUUGAAAACUAAAAAAAAAAAAAAAAAAAACAUUUUGUACAUACAAUCUUAAUAUGUAACAUAUUGUAUUGUGUACAUUUGGAAUUACUUUUGACUAUAACUGAUGGAUGAAAAUGACUGGACUAAAAAAAAAAAAAAAAAGAAAAGCUUGUCCGCCUGAAAUUAUUUCCCUUGUGGCUGUUUGCUUCAAAGCAAAAAAAAUAAGUAUAUGUAAAUAAACAGAAGUAUGUUUAAAAA